AAUAACAAGUAUAUAUGUUCCAUCUCAGGGCACAACAGUUGUUGCUUGUAAGGUUACGAAAAAUGGCGCUCGAGCAAAAAGACUUCAAGAGGAAGUUCCUGAGGAAAGCGCCCUGUCGUGUACGAUUAGUCAAGGCAGUGGAUCCCGGUGGGCGUGGGAAUGGUUCCACAAAGCAGGUCCUUUACACACUCAGCAAACGUCACGAGGAGCACUUGAUCCCGUACAGCUUGGUGCAGCCGGUGCAGGUUCAGACGAAGAGGCCGGUUAUCUUCUCCCCCUCUCUUCUCUCUCGGGGUCUCAUCGAGAGGCUGCUGCAACCUGCCGAGUCUGGUCUGAAGUUCAACACCUGCCCACCCGAACCUAUCCAGGCUUCAGAGAAACGAGACAAGAAAGUGUUCCUGUUGGAUUCCAGCAUUCCCGAGCAGGCUCUGGGAAUACGGCUGCAGUCGAUACAGGAAGUCAUCAGCCAGGACAAGCACGGUCUGCUGGAGCUGGGGCUGCACAGUGUUGAAGGCUUAUUGAGACAGGGGAUCUACCCCAUCGUCAUCCAUAUCCGCCCUAAGAACAAAAAGCACAAGACGCUGAGGAAGUUGUUCCCGCGGUGUGGGGUGGACAGCGUGAUGGAGGAGGUGUGCCAGGCGGAGGAGCUGCAGCUGGAGACCCUUCCUCUGCUCUACUUCAGCCUGGAGCCGAGCGCCUGGAGCUGCACGGACGAGCUGCUGGCCGCCAUCUGCAACACCAUCCACAGCCAGCAGAGGGCGGUGGCCUGGAUCGAGCUGGAUAGACUGCAGUAGAGGGGAGAGGAAUCAGAAUCAGAAUACCUUUAUUAGUCCCACAGAGGGGAAAUGUACAUUGUUCCAGCAGAAAAGAGCCAAA